CCCCCACCCAAAAACCUCCUAUCGAAGUUGCAAACGAAAAUAGGGUUUAUAUAUUCAGGCGGCGAAAAUAAAAUCGAAUAGGGGCGUCUGGGCAAGAGCCGGUGGUAGAUACUCUUAUACUGCAGAACAGUUGCCGCUGUGGUGGUUUCGUUCCUUACUCCGCCGUGCCUCUGCUCUCUUCUCUCUUACUCAUCGAUAUCCGACAUCGAUCUAUUCCAAUCAUUGUGCCUUUGAACUGAAAAUCAUACAAAUUUAGAUUAUAAUUAUAAUGGCCAGAUUUCGACAUAGGAAUAGGAAGAAGAUGGUUGUUAAGCCAAUUGUCAAGAACAAGCAGCUUCCAACUGUUGAUCAAGUUACUGGGAAGAAGAUUCCCCAAAGUUUUGUAUUUUCCAGAACAAAGCUUCCUGCUUCUUUACGCCAACUUGAAAUGGAUUUGAGGAAAUUGAUGCUUCCUUAUACUGCCCUUAAGCUCAAGGAAAAAAAGAGGAACAAUCUCAAGGACUUUUUAAAUGUUGCUGGACCUAUGGGCGUAACACAUUUCCUAAUAUUGUCAAAAACUAAUGCUGCUCCAGUUUUGAGGGUUGCAAAGACUCCACAAGGUCCAACUCUUACAUUCAAAAUCCAUGAAUACUCGUUGGCGUUAGAUGUUGCUCAAUCACAGUUGAGGCCUCGAUGUCCUCAGGAUCUUUUCAAAAAUUCGCCGUUGCUUGUUCUGUCUGGUUUUGGCACUGGAGAGGAACAUCUAACUCUGACUACUAGAAUGUUUCAGCACAUGUUCCCAACUAUUGACGUCAACACAGUAAAGCUUUCUCUCUGUCAGAGGAUAGUGUUGAUGAACUAUAACAAAGAAACUAAGCGUAUAGAUUUUCGGCAUUAUUCAAUUAGAUUACAACCUGUUGGUGUGUCACGUAGGAUCAGAAAGUUUGUUCAGAACCAUGAGGUGCCUGAUUUAAGAAACUUGCAGGAUGUGAGUGAUUUUGUUACGAGGGCUGGUUAUGGGUCCGAAAGUGAAGCUGAUGAAGAAGCUGCAACUGUUAGCCUCACAAGUGAUCUUGGUAGAGUUAACCGUGCUUCGUUAAAAAGUGCAGUCAAACUUCAAGAGAUUGGACCGAGGAUGACCCUUGAACUGAUCAAAAUUGAAGAGGGAUUGUGCUCUGGUCAAGUGCUGUUCUGUAUAGAUGAAAACAGCGGUAACAAGAGGUCUCGUGAGAAUAAUGAAAAAGAUGGCGAUCAAGAAGGGGAUGAGGAUGAAGAUGAAGAUAAAGAUGAAGGGGACGAGGACGAGGAAGAAGACGGAGAGGAGGAAGAGAAGGAAGAAUAAUGUCCUGGUAACUUGACUAUCAACAGCUUCGGAAUCCUCCGCUCUUAUAUGUAGAUGUAGUCAGCUGCAUAGGCUUAUAGCUCUUCCUCACCAUUGCACCUUCGAGCCUGAUAUGUACACUGUCAAUCAGAUAGCAAAGAUGAAUCGACUGCCGCCUUUCUUGAUUUCCAUCAUUCCGGUUUCUAUUGCUUACAUCACUGGAUAAUCUCUCAAGGAACCCUCUUGUGUGUCUUCUAUUAUGAUACUGUUUUGUUCCUUGGUUCAAGUUUUGGCACAAUUUAGUCAACAUUCCCAUUUUUUUACUGAUUUUACUUUGUGUCUUCUAUUAUGAAACUGUUGAGGUUGUCAGUAGGACUUGUACGGUCGGUAAGGGAGUUUUGGGUUGGGUCAUUUACACGCCGGGUUCAAGUCAAAGUCAACUUAAUGAGUCAAAGAGUUUUCAAUUUACAAAGAUUGUUUUAUGAGGUAGUCUUGUUGUAAGACGUGCUAAAUAUGGUUCAAAUAGCAAUAUUAAUACAAAUUAUGAAAAUAUAAGUUUCUUAUUUUGAGGUUUU